UUGUUGAAGUACUGAAUAAAUGUGUAAAUCUUCUUUGACUUAAACAUUAACACGCUGACUCUAACUGCAUGUGCACGAGUAAAACGCAGGGGACGAGCAGGAGCCUGCAGGCCAGGUUUAAAAAUAGAUAACAGUGAAGGGUUGGGGCCACAUUCCAAUCUUCAGUAGGGGAGACGAGCGCCUGGGAAGAGUUCACAUUUGUAGCUUAGAGACAAUAAAGUAUUUAAACUAACUAGUAGAAUAAACUCAAAUAAAUUGUAUUAAUAAAUAGUGUAUUUCAGAAUCAAUAAAUGAAAUAAAUAAAGUAAUAAAGUAAUAAUUAAAAAUGGCACCAACAGCAGUAGAAGUUUUGAGUAGAGACAAUCCACUCCUCAGAAAUUAGGUCAAAAGAAUUUCUGAGAAGUGGGAGAAGCGGACAGUUAAAUCAGGCACAAUAUAGCCCGCGGGAGGGACUUUUGAUCCAACAAUGUGUAGGGACAUGGAGGUAAUAAUAAGGAACUACAAACCAAAUAGAAGUGGUAAAAAGGCCUUGGAGAAGAGGGACAGGGAAAAGUUAGUGCUAGCUUUGUUCGAAGAGGAGGGAGAGAGGUGGCGCGCAUUACAACGGGUGGCCAGAAAAAUAAUCACAAAGGAAGAAGAGGCUCAACCUUUGCCUCUGAAGCUUGAGCCAACGCCGUACAAACCAACUAAGAAUCUAGGGAAGCUUCAACGGGUACAAAACAGAGCAGCUAGGCUUGCCCUUAAGUGCACAUCAAGAACAAACGUAAAAAACAUGCAUGACCGACUCUUCUGGCUGAAAGUUGAUGAAAGGCUAAAAGCAUCACUUCUGUCUUUCAUUAAAAAAUGUAACACACUAAAAACCCCCAACUGUUUGUUUAGGCAGCUCACACUCAGCUCUAAUGUAUACACAUACCCCACCAGACAUGCCACCAGUGGUAACUACACAAUUCCAACAAUAAAAACAAACUCAAAACAACGUACAGUAUUAUGCAGGGCUAUGGUAGAAUGGAACUCCCUUCCAGAUCACAUCUCAAAAACCCAGAACAAAGCUGGAUUCAAAAAACAAGUGAAGCAACACCUCAUGGCUGUUAGCACUGGAUACUAGUAUGUAUUACUAAUUUUUAUUUAUCUACUCACUUAUCCUUUUUUUUCCUAAUUUUGUCAUCUGUUGUUUUUGUGUUGAUUUCUUCUUUGUUAUAUGCUUUUCCUUUUUUAUCUGUUGUUUGGUACGUUGUUUUCUUGUGUGGACCCCGGAAGAGUAGCUGGUGUCUUUGGCAUCAGCUAAUGGGGAUCCGAAUAAACGAAUAAACGAAUAGAAUAAACCAACUAAGAUGUAUCCACUGUUAACAGGCAACGUAGAAAUUAAAGGGGAAGUCACACUAGAUGAAGGAGAUAAUAAAUGUAACACACAGGGGAAUAGGGGCGCACCCAUACACAUGUACUGUUAUGAGGGGAUUAGGAAAGCAAGGGAAGAGUAUAGCAAUGCUGACACUAGUUCAAGCGAGAGUGAAGAUGAGGACGAAGAUGGGGCAUGUGGUGAUGAGCACAGUAAUGAAGAUGUGAAAGGCGGCAAUGAGCGAAUUUGCGAGGGGCCUUAUCCGGGAAAGAAAAAGAGAGGAAAGAGGUCAGGAAAGAGGACAAAGACUCAGAGGAAGCUAAAAAAGAGUAAUGACCCCAAGGGGGAGGGGUAUAGUGGGAGCCCAGCGACAGAGGAGCCUGGCUGCAGUACAUCAUUUCUAAUCCCCACACCAUUCGAGUUAGAUAAGAAACAAAGGAGAUCACAAAGGGGGAAAAAGGCACCCGACACCCUCCCAGGAAACUAUCCUAUUCUAGUCAAAGGAUAACAGGUCCACUAUCAACCGUGGGGUUCACAGGACUUGGAGGGAGUCAUUUCUAAACAUACAUAACGGGGCGUCUAAAUGGAUUAGAAAAUUUGAGGAACUCACAGUGGGAAAGCUAAUGGAAGUGGGGGAACUGAAAGCUCUGUUGGCAAGAGUAUGGGGGUUAUCUAAAAUGGAGUCUGUACUGAGGAAUGGAGGGUUGGAUAAAAUGGACGGAAUGUAUGAUGGGACUACACUUGAUCGCUACAGAGUGGCGAUGUGGAACACACUCAGAAUGGAGUUCCCGACCCAUAUCGAUCAUAAAAACAUGAGAGGCCUCCCCAUCAAUGACACAGAGAAUCCUGCAUCCUACCUCCAGGCCCAAGUGGACAGAUGGCUCUUGGAGACGAAUGAGGAUCCUGAGAUCCAUCCUGUGUUUUCGGUCAUGUUCAGAAACUCUGUGAUAGAGAUUCUACCUAGCCCAAUCAAAGUUAAGCUAGAUGAUGUGGUUGGACUGGUUACAAAUAAAUCUCAUUGAGACUUCUGCGAUCAUGUGGUUCAUGCAGUGGACAAAUAUCGGCAAAAUGAACACAAAAUACAGGAACAAAGCAAAGAGGUGCAGAGGAAGCUGUCUCAGCUUCAGUUGGAAGAACUCACAAGAAGAGAAAAACAGGCGGUUGUUUCAGAGCCGGUUGAUACAAUAUUGCAAGCCGUCCAGCAGGGCGCACCACAAACCCAACCUCCUCAACAGGCAUUCUCCCCCCCAGUACAACAGCUUCAGAGCCAAUGGUCACCCACUCCACCUGCCAUAAAUAUACACACAUAUAACAAUGGGAACCCAAUGAUUGGGAACAAGCAGAAUCACAACAAGGGGCCCCAGGGACAGUAUAAGAAUAAUCAACAACAGGGGCACCAAGGGCAGUAUACAAAUAAUCAGCAACAGGGGUCCCAAGGACAGUAUAAAAAUAAUCAACAGCAGGGACAACGCAGAGGUCCUUUAAUAUGUUAUGGGUGCAACCAGGAAGGACAUAGCAAGAAAGAUUGUUUGAUUAACCCUUUUCCACCACAGCAAGGACAGGGCAACGGCUAUCAGGGGAGGCAAGAUCAAGGGAACUACAACCAGGGACAGCAGGGUCCCUUCAUGGGUCAGGGAUACUAGGGGUGCCCAGAGAAUCUACAGGGGGAGGGUCAGCUUGUAGCAAUCACAAAACAAGCUGAUGAGGAACCAAUACUGCAGGUUCUGAUAAAUGAUAGAGGCACGCCAAUGAUGGCUGACACUGGAGCCACUUACACUUGCGUAGGUUCAAAAUAUGCCUCUCACCUCCCCAUGGCAGGAAAUUCGCCAAAACGAUAGGAUUCUCGGGACACACGUAGUUAAUACCUAUGACAGCUCCAGUAAUGCUAAAACUGUACGGACGUACAGCUAAGCUACCCAUCUUGGUAUCAGACACUACACCGGUUAAUUUGAUUGGAAGGGAUGCAUUGUGUAAAUUAGGAUUGCAGAUAUUAUGUACACCACAGGGCAUAAUGAUUGAAACCGCAGGAACAGCAUCUCAAAUGACUAUCAAAGCCUGACACUGCAAAUGUAUAUUGGAUAGGGAGAAUUCAGGACCAGGUAAAAGAGACAGUGGGGAAAUGGGGUAGCUACAUCAAGGCUCAGAUCCCAAAUGCAAGGGAGUCAAGGAUAGGAUAUCAUUGCACUCUAAUGUAUGACCCAACACAGGACCCAGAUUUGGAAAACGAAUGGCAGGAGAAAGCGGCAGGAAAAGCAGCAGAGAUAGAGUCACAGUACAUAGUAAUUGGGCCACAAGGAGCAGCCAUGAUGAUACAAGAUGCAGAUCAAUCAUCAGCGAUAAAGGAUUGGUUUAAAGACACUAACAAAGCUGCCCAUGUUACGUUGUUGAUAAACAGGGGAUUUGAAGCAAAAGAUCUGGGGGAAAUGAUGUUUAAUGAAAAACAACAAACUUGGGAAAACACAGAGAAUCCAUUGGUUCUCAUGUCAUGUUGCGGGAAGUUUUUGAAGAUUCUGUGUUAUGCGCAUAUGACAGGAAUCUUACAGGAAGUGGAGGUGGUUCAGAAAAAACAACGGCAGAUGACAAUAGAGGAACCAUGGGAUAGGCGGAAUGAGAUGAGAAAAUAAAUGUUGGCAGCCAUACCUGGAAAGGUGUGGUCAAGGUUCGAUACAGAUGUGGGUUUGGUACAUUCAGCUAACCCAGUGGUAGUCCGGACUAGACAAAAUGUUAAGCUACCAUGGCGAAGGCAGUAUUACAUGAAACCAGCGGCAGAGAUAGGAAUAGCCUCUACCAUAGAAGGUCUAAUAACAGCAUGAGUACUAAUAGAGACCAAAAGCAACUGUAACACUCCUCUGCUUCCAGUGUUAAAAGCUGACAAAGAAAAGUGGUGGCUGAUGCAUGAUCUACGAGCUGUAAAUUAUGUUGUUGAAGAUAUGCAUGCAGAAGUUCCAAUUCCACACACGCUGCUGACCAACAUCCCUCCAGAUGCUAAAUACUUUACAGUAAUUGACUUAUGUGGAGCAUUUUUCAGCGUGCUGCUUGCGGAGGAAAGCAGAUAUCUGUUUGCAUUCACGUACAAAGGUAAACAAUCAAAUACACAAGGAUGCCACAAGGAUUCAAACAUUCCCCACAUUUGUUUAAUCAAGUGCAGAAGAAUGAUUUGGAGGAAUUAGAAUUGCAUGGAACUCUGAUACAGUAUGUGGAUGAUCUUCUGAUAUGUUCCCCCACAAUGGAACAAUGUCACGAGGACUCCAUGUCUGUGUUAAGAAAAUUGGAAAAAGGCGGACACAAGGUGUUAGAGAAGAAAUUACAAUAUUGUCAGACAGAGGUUGAAUAUCUAGGCAGGUUGGUAGCACAUCGAACUAAAACCAUAGCUCCUAGUCAGCUGGAAGGGAUUGGUAAAGCACCCAAACCGGAAACAGUCAGACACAUGAUGACCUUUUUGGGGAUGACAGGGUUUAGUUCAGAUUGGAUAGAGAACUAUGCUUUAAAAAACUGCGUCAUUGCGAGACAUCAUGAAGGAGGCAGGAACAACUAACCUACAAGCUCGGCUAACAUGGAAUAUGCAUCAGCGGCAUUCGAAAGUAUAAAACGUGAAAUGCAAGGGGCAAGCACAUUGGCAUCUAUGUAGCUAAUAGGAGUCAGGGCUAUGCAUCGGCAGUGUUAAUGCAGGACUUGUGUGUUGGUAGGCGGAGUCAACCAAUAGCAUACUACAGCUCAAAGUUGGAUGCGGUAGCACAGGGCUACCCACCAUGUUACCAAGGAUUGGCUGCACUACAAUAUGCCUAUGACAAGGCCUCAUCCAUCACAAUGGGGUAUCCGGUGACGAUUCGGACACAUCACAAAAUCACAGAGUUGAUUGAGAAAGGAAAGUUUGUGUUAACGGACGCUAGGUUGUUGGAUUAUUUGACAUUAUUAACAUUUCCAGAAGUAACCCUAGAAAGAUGUUUCACGGUGAAUCCAGCAGACAGAAUUCCACAUGAUUUUGAAGGGACACCACAUGACUGUGUGGCUGAUUCUCUCACUUUUACUAAACUAAGGCCCGAUCUAUUGUCUGAGCCCAUGGUUGGGGCAGAAGAGGAUUUCUUUGUGGAUGGAUCAUGCUUCAGAGAUCAUUUGGGUAACCAUGCAGGUUUUGCAGUGGUUAGACAGAAUCCGGACCACACAUUCGCCGUUAUUCGUAGUUCUCAGUGCGCACAGCCAUGCUCAGCACAGUUGGCUGAGUUGAAGGCUCUUACAGCGGCCUGUCAAGAGGGAGCGGGUAGAUCGGUGAACAUCUACACAGACUCUGCAUAUGCGCACGGCGUAUGUCAUUUGUUCGGGGCAGUGUGGAAAAUGAGGGGGGUUAAGAAAACUGAUGGAUCCCCCAUAUUGCAUUGCAAUCAGAUUGUGGAAUUGAUGUCGGCGUUGUUGCUGCCAAAACAAGUGGCAAUAAUCAAAUGUCGAGCGCACAGAAAGGUCGUUGAUAAUAUCACGAAAGGUAAUAGCACUGCAGGUGAGGCUGCAAAAGUAGCUUCGGACAGUUGCAGGGCAAUCCAGUCAGUAUUAUCCAUGCCUGAGGCCGCGCCUAGUGAGGACGACAUUGUCCGCAUGCAGGAGAAAGCUGGUGUCUAUGAGCAAAACAUGUGGCUGAAAAGAGGUGCUAUACGCUCCUCCACAGGGUUAUGGAGAACUCAUGACGGGAUGAUGUUGGCACCUACGGCGCUGUUGGGGUUACUCAUCACUAAUGCGCAUGGUUUUGACCAUUGCGCAAGGGGGGAGGUUUUGAGGAGAAUUAGAAAACAAGGUUUUUCUUCACCAUACUUGCAAACAAUGAUUGAUAACCAGCUAAAUGAGUGUGGAGUAUGUGCAUAAAACAAUGUAAGAAAAACAAUCACUACUCCAUUGGGGCACAUUCCUACACCUGAAGGACCAUUUACACAUUUGGUCAUGGACUAUGUUGACAUGAUUAAAAGUAUAGGUGGUAAAAGGUAUAUGUUAGUUAUCAUAGACAGGUUUAGCAGAUGGGUAGAAGCAGUCCCAUCAAAAGACCAAAGUGCAGCUACAGCGAUUACAUUUCUAACUAGAGAAGUCAUGCCAAGGUUUCGAAUUCCGUCAGAAAUAAGCUCAGACAAUGGGGUUGCUUUUAUUCAGAAAACACUAAAACAAGUAAUUCAGCAUUUGCAUGUCAAACAAAGAUUAGGCUGCGUCUACCAUCCUCAAUCACAAGGUAUGGUGGAAAGAGUUAAUGGGACGCUCAAAACAAAAAUGAACAAAAUUAACAAAAUAACAAAAGUACUAAUUUGAAUUGGAUUGAUGCACUACCGCUGGCACUAAUGAGUUAUCGCAUGCAAGCUAACAGAACGACGCAUCUAACCCCGCAUGAAAUGCUUACGGGUCGACCCAUACCUUCACCUGUCAUUCGAGGGCCUCACAAAGGACCUCCAUUGGAACAAUUGGAAACUGAAUUAAGACGCUAUAUGGGACAACUAAUUGGCAUACACAGGCUUAUUUUUCAACAGGAGAAAGACAGAGUUCCAGAGUUGGAGGAGGAGCCACCAAGGGGGGUGGAGCCGGGUGACCAAGUGUACCUCAGGGUGUUCAGGAGAAAGUGGAACGAGCCCAGGAGAGAAGAACCAUACAAAGUCACCAACGCAACACCAACAGCCAUCCAAGUGGAAGGAAGUGCCACGUGGUAUCAUCUCAACCACUGCACAAAAGCCGCUCAACCCAAAAUCAGAGAUGAGCGUGAGGAGGAGCUAUAACAGAAAGUUGAGAUCCCUGAAGACCGGAAUGUGAGAAUCGGACAUCAGAAGGAGGUCCUAUUUUCUUAACUGGUCACCCCCUCCAUGUGAACCACAACCAUUGCAGAUAGUGUGAACAAAUGGACAUUGUACUAAUGGGUUCCAGGGCGUGGUGGCUGCGAACAGGAGCAACAACCACAAUGCCCAAACCCCCCACAUUUAUAUAGUAUACCGCUACAUGACGAUAAUCAGAGCUAUUCAAAUCUAUGCCUGCUUGUUGACAAUCUUAGUAUUUAAUUUCUAUUAUUUACUUCUUUUUUUUUUAAAUGUCAUUUUUUGAGUUUCAUAUUUUUAUGUCAUAUAUUCUGAAAUGCAAA